ACCCGGCGCAAUUCGACGCGUUAUGGGCUGCUUCCCACGCAGCUCCAGCGAUGGCCAUGCCCACGUCUCCGCCGUUAACGUGGACGAGCGUUAAGACCGAGCAGAUGCAGUGCGACCCACCGAAUCCCAGCGCCAUGGAGCGACGACGACAGAAGAACAGACUGCAUGCGACGAGCAAGACAGCGACAGCGAGAUGAGCUCAACAACAUGAAGGCCACAGUGGCCAGACUGGAGAAACAGUACGCGGAAUUGAGCUUGCAGUCCACGCAGAGUGCAACAGUCGAACGUGAGGGAACUUUAGUCACGAGGAUGACUUCGGAUUAUUCCAAAGCGGUGGAUUUGUCGAGGAGACUUGGAGCUGAGAAUUUGUUUCUUAAGAACGAAAUUCAGCAGAAAGCGGAGUGGAAAAUAAAUUUAUCUAGAAUUUUACAGUCCACCAUGGAGGUGGAUGGACCUCGAUGGGCCCAGCAGUUCCAGCAGCCGUCGUUAGGAGGAGAAGCUGUCUUGAGGAUGCGAUUAGACGAGCGAGACCCCUUCGACGCGAGGGAGGAGUUCGGGUUCCAUCCACUGACAGACUUGGGGCUAACUCGAGUGAUCUUGGACAACACUCGCACAAUCUCUCGCGUGCAGAGUCGUCUGCUGGUCCCGUCGUCGUUUGAUACCGACGAUGGCGCGAGAACGAGUCGAAUGCAGAUCUUUGGGUGGGAUAUGGUGCAACGAGUGCAUGGGAAUAUUUUGGAAUGCGUCUCUACGAAGAAAUUUUACAGAUUAAAUGUUGCGGAGUUAAUGCAAAAGACGUGGGCAAAUGAUAUGCGCCUGGGCGAAUUCAAAAAGGUUAAAGGCGAAACGAGUCGCUUAGAGGUGUUGCAGCAGGUGAAUCCGAACGCCUAUGUGCUGGCUAGAGACGUCAUGUCUCCUGCCAAAGAUAUCUCGACAUUUCGAAAUCCACGAGAAGAGGAUGUUCGGAACAAAGUGGCGUGGGCCCAUUUGUCGCUUUCGAUCGAGUUUCUGAACGUGGUGAAUCCCGUCACGGGCGAAGAAUACCAGCAACUGCGGUGGAGCGGACGCACCGAUUAUUGUGGACCAGAUCACGCACAUCGCAACGCAAGCGACAUGAUGCAGGGCAUGUUGCGCUGGGAAAUGUUGGUGAUCGCCCCAGCGGUGAACCUGGUGUCACUGCCAAUAGAAUGA